AUGGCUUCGAAACAAGACUGGACAGUUACCAAAGACGUCUACCUUGACUACCCAGUUCACCGAGCUUUGUCACUUGACUAUGGCAACGGUAGCACAUAUCACGCAACGCUCGAAGAAGAAGUUCUUGAAGAAGACGAAACUACGGGUGAUGCUGACAGGGUUCCUGCAUUUCAUGGGUAUUCCGGCUCAGGUAACGCGUCAGCUGAGUACGUCUACGUCGGCCGAGCUUCUCAAGAAGACUUCAAGCGACUGCUUGACCUAAACAUCAAACUUCACGGCAAGAUCGCCCUGGCCAAAUACGGCGGCCCAUUUCGCGGUCUCAAAGUGAAGAACGCGCAGGCUUUCGGUAUGAUCGGCGCUGUAAUCUUCACAGAUCCCGGGGACGACAGAACCAUGACUGCUAAGAACUUUGCCACGUAUCCGGACGGGCCUGCUAGAAACCCAACAAGCAUCCAAAGAGGUAGUGUUAUGGAUUUGAGCACGUACCCUGGAGACCCAUCAACGCCGGGAUACCCGUCUAAAGAGGGUGUGGAGAGGAAGGAAAAGAAGACUGUGCCUACAAUUCCAAGUUUACCGAUUUCGUGGAUUGAAGCGAAACCGUUGUUGGUCGCGUUGAAUGGUCUUGGUUUUGAUGCGAAGACUGUUAAUCGAUCGCACUGGAUAGGUGGUAUAGACGGUGUUGAGUACAGUUCUGGGCCGUCAAAAGCUGUGCUAUCAAUGAGCAACAUUAUGAGGGAUGAGAUCAAUUGGAUUCAUAAUGCUAUUGGUAUUGUCAACGGUACAAUUGAGGACGAGGUUGUUAUCGUUGGUAAUCAUCAUGACUCUUGGAUGAUCGGCGGAGCAGCUGAUCCGCAUUCAGGUUCGGCGAUUCUCAUCGAGUUGGCUAAAGCAAUCGGUGCUUUAAUGAGGACAGGUUGGAAGCCAAAGCGGACGAUCGUGCUAUGCAGCUGGGAUGCUGAGGAAUACGGCCUGGUUGGAAGCACGGAGUGGGUAGAAGAAUACCUACCCUGGCUGAAAGCAUCCGCAGUAUCCUACCUGAACAUCGAUGUUGGCAUAGCAGGUACCAUCCCAGAUUUCGGCGCCACUCCCGAUCUCCAUACCCUCACUACGUCCACAGCACGGAAAGUCAUCUGGCCGCAUGGCUCAAACCGCACCCUAUACGAUGAGUGGGAGGAAAAGACCGGCGAGAUCGACACUCUGGGUGCACAGAGUGACUAUGCAGCUUUCGUUCAUGGCGUCGGCAUCUCUGCUAUCGAUAUGGGCACCACACGAGCGCCACUUGACCCGAUUUAUCACACGCAUUCGAACUUCGAUUCCUACCACUGGAUGACCAAGUUUGCGGAUCCGGGGUUCGUGAUGCACAAGGCGAUCGGUCAGUUCUUGACCUUGAUGUUGUAUCAAUUGGUCGAUGGAGAGGUUGUACCGCUUGAGCCCGCGAAUUAUGGGGUCGAGAUGCGGGCGUGGCUUGAAGAUCUGAAGGGCGUUAUCGGGGCUGCAAAUGCGACGGCUGCAGUAGAAAUUGGAGAGCUUGAGAGUGCAAUUGCGACAUUUGAGGAUUCAGCGCAGCAAUUCAAUGCUGCUCGUGGAUUGGCCGCGAGCUCGAAUAGUUCGCUUCUGAUCAGACAGCUCAACCACAAGGCGCGCGAUUUUGGGCGCGGGUUCGUCAGCCAGGGCGGGCUUCCGGGCAGAGAGUUCUAUCGACAUCUUGUCUUUGCUCCUGGGGUCGAUACUGGUUAUGCGCCUGUUACUUAUCCUGGAGUGACAGAGGCUGUUGUUGCGGGCGAUCUUGUUCUAGCAGGGGACUUUGUCGGGAGGACGGCAAAGGCGAUCUUGGCUGCUGCAGCCAUUCUCACACCGUAG